AGCUUAAUUGGCCGAACGCUGGCGCUUCAAAGCAAAAGAACCACGACAUGUAGCGGGACCCAGUGAGCGGCGCCUCGGGCGGCAGAAGUCGCGAGGCCGCGGCGGGAGGAGGGCCAGUGUCCCCAGCUCCAACUGGGACAGCUGGGGUAGCCGGAGGUCUCACAGCCCCGCACGGCCAUCAAUCUUCUCUGUGCCCUUGCCUGCAUCUAAAGGAGGCAAGUCGUUCUCGAGCAUGAGGACCGGAAAUCUCGCGAGAUCUGGAAGCCCGACGUUUAUGAAAGACGUCUUUGAUUGGCUCCCGUAUCACUGGCCAGAAAAGCUGAAGAAAAAGUACGAGAAGAAGUUUCGUGAGAAUGGUUUCAAAAACACAACCUUCAUUUCCGGUAUGACGGACAAGGAUCUCCAGGCUAUCGGCAUAAACAAUGACGUCCACAGGGAUAUUCUUAUGAAGAAAAUCAAGAAGCUCACGGAAUUCGAACUACCGGGUGACGUACCAGACAAUUGUAGAGAGUGGCUCUACUCCAUAGAACUUGACCAGUACAUCAAGAAUUUUGAAAACUAUGGCAUCUACUCCAAGAACGACAUGGCUAGCCUGCGCAGUAUGGACAUCACUAAGCUCCUGAAGGAUCUGAAGAUAACGAAAAUGGCACACAUCAACCGAAUCAGCAAUGCUAUAGCGAGAAUGAGAAGCCCAGAUGAAUCUGACAGAAGAAUCAUCAAGGUGAAGGCAAUCAUCAAUAAAGAAGUGAAGACGCGCGUGAUGCAGCAAGAUGACGGCAGGACCCGUGAGUUUACGUUCUGGGACACGCUCCGGAGGGAAUGUCUGGAUCCGGACAUCGCGCUAUUCAGCUCGGACGGAGACUUAAGAGGAAAGCUUGUUGAGCUGCGGAACAUGUGGUUGGGAGUUCUCCUCAUUAUCAACGUGCUGUGGAUCACCAUCGUGGUGUCUCUCACCUACAUCCCUGAACUCCGGCUGUGGGACGCCAACCCUCUUAGUCUGCUGUCUCUGUUGGUGUUCGGUCUGCUACAGUUUAUCCAGUUCCUGGCUAUGCUGUACCAUAGACUGAGAACUAUGCUGCACUACAUCGCCAGACUGCCCUACCCAUUCAAAGUGAACGCCAUUAAAUGUACAGGGAGCAGCAAAGCAGAAAUAAAAAUUGAACACAAAGGUAACUAG